AUGGACGCCUCCGCUGGAGCCGGAUCCGGCAAUGCCCCUGGCGCCGGCGCCGGCGCCGGCGCGUCAUCUUGCUGCUACUACGCCCUGCUCGGCAUCCGUAAGAACGCCUCCUCCACCGACAUACGCGCCGCCUACCGUCGGCUCGCCAUGAAGUGGCACCCGGAUCGGUGGGCCAGCGACCCCGGCGCGACGGGCGAGGCGAAGCGGCGGUUCCAGCGGAUCCAGGAGGCCUACUCCGUUUUGUCCGACAAGGGGAAGAGGGCCAUGUACGACGCUGGCCUCUUUGAUCCCCUCCACGACGACGACCAGGAUUUCUCGGACUUCAUGCAGGAGAUGCUAGUGAUGAUGGAUAGCGUGAAAAACGAGAAGCCGGACACGCUCGAAGACCUGCAGAAGAUGCUAGAUGACAUAGUCAACGGCGACGGCGGUAGCCGCGCCACUGCUGGUGCUGGUGGUAGCGGCGGCGGAGGCGGUGGCUGCGGCGGUCGCGUUCCACCGGAGGCCAACCGCAGAACUCGUGUCGCCCCUUACCCGCAGCCUUCGCGAAGGUGA